AUGGCCGAAGUCUACGUGUUGGAUCCGUCUCCUCCACGUGCACUCGGUGACAUAGCAGCACACCGGGUCCACAAUGUCGCUAGUUUGGCUGAUCUCUUGGUUCUUUUGUUCCAGAAAGGCAACUGCGAAAAGGACACAAACCACGCCACGGUAGUGGUGUUGCUGGCUCUGCCACUGGGCCCCACGCCUCUAGAUCGUGUGUCCAACGAAGAUGCCGCACUUGUGCUCCGUUACUUCUUCAACCAUUUGAAUGUCCUUGUGUUGGAACCUUCCGAAGUUAACUCCGAUAAAGUGGCUCAAAUCAAUGCAACUGUGGCCACCAUCAACGCUUUGAUCAGCAAGAGAAUCUCCCGCGUGGCCACAUGGACUGGCACGGGUGAUAAUAUCAACGAUUUCUUCUCCCAUACUCUUGGUUCCAAUGCUGAUAUCCAGUCUCUGAGUCUUGAUGUCGCCGAGAUUGUUUCCACCAUGCUGUUCGUAGUAGAUCACAAUGCCAACAAGUCUCCAGCUAUCGAGACGCGCAUCCGUGGUCUCAAUGCCGUCAUCCUUGAGUCUGUGAACUUUAAAUCCUUACUUGCAGACUCCUCGGAUGAAAACUUGGCUAGGUUGUGUCAUUGUGUGGGCCACUGGUCAUUCCCUGCGCAUGAGUUGACCAACGAUGAUCUCGUUUACUGUGUGUUCUUGAUCUUGUCAUAUGCGCUAGCCAAUAUUCAGCCGCAUGACGUGCCUGAAGACUUUGCUUUUCCUUCAGAAAACCAGUUGCUUGCAUUUGUCUUCAUGGUUAGAGACACUUACAAGAACGGUAAUCCAUUUCACAAUUUCAGACACGCCGUCGAUGUCUUGCAAGCAUGCUUCCACUACCUUGUGCGUUUGCAGUGCUUGCCCCAGUUCGAACAGUUCGAAGUGGACCCUCGUGCUGACGAGUUGGCCAUCUUCUCCGGCCAGAAAACUCUUUCAGCAAACACCCAGUUAGUUGCUGUGAUGACGCCUCUUUUCACCACAAACACUAGCACCGUCCCUCAUUUGAAUGGUAUCCAGGCACUUGGCUUGCUUAUUGCAGCAUUGGGUCAUGACGUGGGACAUCCUGGUGUAACCAAUGCAUUUUUGAUCAAACACUACGCACCAACGUCGCAGCUAUACAGCGAACGUUCUGUGUUGGAGCUGUACCAUUCAUCUGUUUUCAUCAACAAGAUAUUGCGCAUCAAUUGGCCGUCGCUCUUAGAGCUUGAGACCGACCCGGAGAGCAAGUUGCCGUUGAAGAAUCUCAUAAUCGGAAGCAUUUUGGCAACCGACAUGGCAGAGCAUUUCGAGUAUCUCCACAAGCUCAAGGAAUUUGAGCUUCAGUCGAACCUGUUGGGAAUCAAAGUGCGGUUGAUUGCAUCGCUUUUGAUCAAAUGUGCUGACAUAUCGAAUGUCACGAGACCACUCCGAGUUUCUUCGCAAUGGGCUCUGGUUCUCUCAAGAGAGUUUGAAGAGGUGGAGACGUUGGACACUAAGUUGACCAAACAUGCAAAUGUCAACCUUGAUGUGGACUACCCCAAGUUAGCCACCACGCUUGACGAAGUGUUGCAAGUCAACCCGGACCUCCACAAGGGCCAGAUCUUCUUCAUCCAGACGUUUGCCGAAGGGUUGUUCAACAGCAUUCUGGAGCUCUUACCCGAAUUGAAGUACACGAGUGACAUUGUCAAGGAUAACAAGUCAUUCUGGCUCGCCAGAGCUAAGGCAUAG